AUGCGCACCUUCGCUAUUCUCGCUACUAUCGUCGGCCUGGCCGCGGCCCAAAGCACAACAACCACCACGGUCCCCGCCGUAGCCAGCUCCGCGACCUCCGCACUCGGCAGCGCCCUCAGCACCACCGACAGCUCCGCAAUCGCCUCCCUCUCCAGCUCGCUGUCCUCGGCCCUCUCCUCUGCCAACUCGGCCGCCUCGUCUGGCAUCAGCUCCAUCACCAGCGACGCCUCCAGCGCCAUAGCCAGUCUCUCGUCCGAGCUGUCCACCGCUACGGGGCCCGCCCGCUCGUCCAUCAGCUCCGAGCUGGCUAGUAUUACCAGCUCGGCCAAGUCUGCGGCGAGCUCGGCAGCCAGCUCGGCGACCAGCGAGGCUGGAGCUACUACUACUAGCGCGACGGACACCGGGAAUGCGGCCGCUGCGAGGCAGACGGCUGCGGUUAUGGGGUUGGGCGCGCUGUUUGGGGGCAUGGUGGCGUUUGCUAACUUGUGA